AUGCCGUCGCCGUCAGCCUACUCGCUCUUGAGGCAGCCUCAGCCUCCCCCAGUACGGCCCUCCAGGUCUCUCGAGGGCCUGGAAAAGGUCAUUCCUCCCAGUUCUCCUCUUCCUGUCGCCCAUACUUGCUCUCGCCUGCACUUGGACAAGCCGCUGCCCGACAUUCCUGCAAGGUCAGGCACCCAGUCUCCAGCUCACUUCGUCGGCUCCACGGCGUGGAGCGACGACAGCAGCACCGUCAACAGCUUCGAGGACAACGACGACGAAGACGACCUCAGUUGCCGCCGCCGGUCCAGCAUUUCGACAGAGAGCUAUCCCGUGUUCGUCCGCUCCAGCUCAGACGAUCCAGAUCUAGCCGGCUUCGUCGAUCAUCCUUCCGUCUCCACGCUGGACCGCACUGACGCUCCGUCCGCGGAUCCCUACGACAAUCACCAGAAGACAGCAGCAGCCUCGUCGCUGCCUGACAUUACAUUCCUGGCGGACGAGCGCUAUACUCCCCCGCCCCCGCCGCAGCAGCACUGGAAUAACCACGUCGGUCCCAACCACUACUUCCGCGAGAAGAAAUGGGACUUCUUCCCCGAGCUAGCCACCCCGUCAGCCUUGCCCCAGAACUCGCCCCACAGCACCUUCACUCCACGCCCUCGCAAGAAAGACACUGCCCGCCGAUGGAUCCCCAUCCCCUCCGACAAGGGCGCUGCGUUCGCCAACGAUGUCCGCAACUCAAUCCGCUCCAUCCAACGCCGUCUCUCCCGCAACUCCAUGGACAAGGACAAGCCCAAGCGGGGCCAAACCGACGGCCGGUCUACUACGUCUCCCAUUGAGUUCGCCCGCGGUCUGUAUAGUUCGAGUACUAGUUCUCCGCCACCACAACUCCAAACAACACCCUCCUCGACAGGUGACUACUACUUCAACCACCGAGUCUCUUCAAUUCCACAGACCCCAAUCUACACCAGUGUCGACGAAAAACUUACCCACCUCUCUAUCUCCCCCACCGGCUCCUCAAUCUCCGACCAAUCCAUGCUAGCACGUGAAGCACUCUCGCAGACCCUCUCGAAUACAUAUUCUCACUACGAAAAACCCCUCCCUUCCCCGCUAAAACCGAAAGACAAACAACUUGCCGUCCCUAUCUCUCCUUACCAGAAGUACGGCGCGGCUAUCUGGGAUAAAUCCGGCAAGGACAAAAAGCAAAAGCCAAAACACCAAAAGCGCCUCAGCCACCAGCAUCACCGACAGCAACAGCGGGUGCGUUUCCCCAAGUAUCGGAACCGGAAGCGGAGGGAGUCAACCCAAUUCAAGGGGAACAACAGUACAUUCGUUUCCUCCACGGUGCCGCCUAAGUCAUCUGGUCGCAAACAGACACGCACGCCGUUACGGCAAGGGACUCGCUACGCGGUUAGGGCUUUGCAAGAUGGGACGAGCCAGGUACUUGUUGCUAUUGAUGGGGCGAGGAGGAAAAUGGCCGGGACUUCUCCUCUUUCUUCCAAGAGGUCGGGGCUGGGCUCAGCAUCAACAUCGAAAUUGGACUUGAGAAGGACGCAUCUGAAGAGUCAGAUUCGGCUUGUUGGGCCGGUGAACCCGUAUACCACUACUCAUCGGAGGGAUCAGUGGAUAUGA